GACACUUGGCUUUUGUAUGGAGGGAACCAGAGAAACAAUCCACUCUCUCUGUUUGGAAAAUACUUACAAGGAAAGUUACCGGGAGCUUCCAGGUGCUUUGCCCCCUGUUAAAAGCCCUGAAAGGAGGUUCUCGUCUUCCCUGGAGUCAGGAGAGCCACUGCCUAGUGAAGCCUCUCGCAUUCUCCCUCUCCCUCUCUUUCUUUCUCUCUCCCUCCUACUUUCCACCCUGAGUGCACAGAGAUUCAGAAGGUGCGUCUGAAAUCUACUUGUAUUCAGGCUGGAGACAACACCACAAGGACUUUUUUUCCCCCCUUUUGCUGCGACAAGCACAUGGACUUAAUUUCCAGCGGAGACAGAAAGAAGAACAAGAAGCAGACUGGCACCUGCCACUGAGAGCCAGAACUUUCUCAAGAGUUGCAUUUGUUCUUUCGGCACGUAUGUAAACAAUAUUUGACUGCGACCGCAAGUGCCAAGACAUUCCCGAGACUUGCCUGGCUGCUGGGUUCCCAUCACUAUCUCCCAGAGACAUUUCUCCAGGGAUGACUUUUUGAAGGAGGAACGCAGAAAAGAAGCCACCUGACCUGCAGAAGUUACCUGCCCUGAGACGCAAGAAGGGUGAGUUUGUAAUCUUGUGACCCCAGAGGCCAUUGACAAUGCUGACGGUGCUCUGUGUCCUGCUAACCCUGGGGAAUCAUGCCCUUGGUGGAGGUUACGCUCCUAUGCCUCAGAUGAAGUACGUGCAGCCCAUGAUGAAGGGGCCUGUUGGGCCUCCCUUCAGAGAAGGCAAGGGCCAGUAUCUCGAUUUUCCACCCAUGACGGGCAUAACAGGAGAGCCAGGUCCCCAAGGGAAACCAGGACCAAGGGGACCAGCUGGUCCCCCUGGAUUACCUGGAAAACCAGGUAUAGGAAAGCCUGGUCUCAAUGGUCAGACUGGUCCACAAGGGCCUUCAGGAUUACCUGGGAUUGGAAAACCGGGACUACCAGGUUUACCAGGAAAAAUAGGGCCUAAAGGACUUCCAGGAUUUAAUGGCGAGGUUGGGCCUCGUGGAGAGCCAGGCCCACGGGGACUUCAAGGUCAGCCAGGAGCACCUGGGCCAGUAGGUAUUUCGUUGAAUGGUAAACCAGGAUUACCUGGCACUAGAGGCCCGCCAGGAUCAAGAGGUGAGCCGGGGAGUAAAGGUGCACGUGGUGUUCCAGGUGAACCAGGACUUAAAGGGGAAAAUGGCAAUGGACAUACAGGUCUAACAGGUCCCAGGGGACCCACUGGCCUUCAAGGACCUCCAGGAGCUCCAGGUGUCCCUGGGUUGGGUAAACCAGGGAUUAAUGGCCUGCCUGGGCCAUUGGGACCAAAAGGUGAUAAAGGAGCACCAGGAGAUCAUGGACCCUCUGGACAAGUUGGUCCUCCGGGACAACAAGGGCCACCAGGAGCACCUGGUUUGGGAAAACCUGGGCUUGAUGGCAUUCCAGGAAACUUGGGCCCAAUAGGUCCAAAGGGGGAAGCUGGCCCCAGAGGAACUCCUGGAUUUCCUGGACCCCCUGGCUAUGGAAAACCAGGACUUGUAGGGCAGAAAGGAGACAGAGGUCCUGCUGGAUUACAAGGAGCCCCUGGGGAUAAAGGAGAACCUGGACUGGAAGGUCUACCAGGAGAUUUAGGGCCAACUGGACAGUCAGGGCUUCCAGGUCCACAAGGUUUAAUGGGUCUUCCAGGAAAACCUGGGAUGCCAGGUCUAAAAGGAGAGAAUGGACCACAAGGACCUUCAGGUUUGCCAGGACUUAGAGGAGAUCAGGGCCCAAGUGGGCUUGCAGGAAAACCUGGCCUCCCAGGAGAUAAAGGUCUACCUGGUCUUAACGGAGCCACGGGCAAACCUGGACCUAAAGGUGAACCAGGUCACAUCGGUCUGCCAGGCAAUCCUGGUUUAAUUGGAGCACCAGGGCCAAAAGGUGAGAACGGGUUCUCAGGAACCCCUGGACCACGUGGCAAUUCAGGGAUUCCUGGACUCCCAGGCCCUACUGGUCAUAUGGGACCUCAAGGCAUUCCAGGAUUGAAAGGCGAACAAGGGCCACCAGGGCCACAAGGAAUUGGAAAGCCUGGAGACAAGGGGAUGCCUGGUCCACAGGGACCUCCAGGAAAACAAGGCACUCCUGGACUUAGUGGUGUACAGGGCCCUCCGGGUCCACCUGGACCUCCUGGGCCCCCUGGCCCCUCUAAUGGUGAUUUAAAUCAGUUAGCAGUUCAAGGGCCAAAUAUCGCAGGAGAAACUGUUCCAAAACCAAAUGUUGAGAGGCCGAAUUUUGGUCACGCCGAGCUCUCUGUCUCCGUGGCUCCUGCUUUUACUGCUAUUUUGACAACACCAUUUCCACCAUCUGCAAUGCCAAUCAAAUUCGACAGAACUCUUUACAAUGGGCAAAAUGCUUACAACCCUGCCACGGGCAUUUUCACAAGCCCACUGUCCGGAGUCUACUACUUUGCUUAUCAUGUACACGUAAAGGGAACCAGUCUGUGGGUGGCACUGUAUAAAAACAAUGUGCCCGCCACAUACACCUAUGAUGAAUACAAGAAGGGUUAUAUGGACCAGGCUUCAGGUAGUGCAGUACUAGAGCUGAAGGAGAAUGACCAGGUUUGGGUGCAAAUGCCCUCUGACCAAGCAAAUGGGCUCUACUCCACUGAGUACAUCCAUUCGUCCUUCUCAGGGUUCCUCCUGUGCCCUACAUAACGGUCCGUCUCAGCGGAGAAUUGCUUGCUCAAGUCCCCUGCAGUAACAUCUGUAAUAACAGCGACUAGAUAAUAAGAAAGACUUACUGAAUGACGGAGAGGCUGAGUUUGAAGCAGAAGAUGGAGGAUUCAUGCUGGGUCUCUGUUUUCACCCUCUCUUUCAAAUGUCUGAUUUGAUCAUUGUUUUACUUUCAAGUGUUGUUCUUUUCUGCCUAUAUGAUAAUUUUAUUAUAACUGUUAUAUUAUUUUGGUUGAUGUUGAUAUAAUGGUGUUAUUUUAUUGAUGUUGUUGUAGUUGUUGUUUAUCGCGAUCAGACUAUUAAGUACAUUGCAAUGUGUAGGUAACCAUUUAAAGACUUACCCGUGUGACUGCACACAUUGCCAUAUGUUCUGACUCCCAUUGAGGUCCUUUAUAUUGACUCUGGGGUUGUAUGUUCCCCUGGCUGCAGUCAAAUUCACCUAUAUCUUUUCCCUUAUAUAACACAGGCUACUUGAGACAUUUCAGAUUUUAGAAUGCAGACAUUCUAUACAAGCAUUGUUAUUGUAUAUGUAUGUUUAAAUACAUCCGUAAUUUAAAGAAUAAUCCUCAGCUUCAUAUCAUUUUUUAUUAUUAAACCAGACAGGUGAAUAUCUUUUUUGCUUAGUUAUUAGUUAUAUAUGUUUUGUUUGAUUUACUGUGCUAAUAUGUUGGUUUCUGUGCAACUAUGUUGCGUUUGAGAGUCUUUAAGAAGAGAAUACUUGAUGAUUUACAGAGUUCAUGGCAAGUUUGUGUCAGUUGGAGGUCUGAAGAGGACUGCUGUAUGACAUGGUUUGCAUUCACAAAACAAAUAUGCUCUUUUCUGCGACACUUAUUUCAUACUUUCAAAAUCACAACGUCAAAGCAAAUCAUUUUUAGCUUCUCUUCAAAUUCAUAAGAGAGCCUACAGUGCAUUGGUGAGUAAGGGACUACUAACGGAUUGUGCGUAUGAAAAUAACACUUUUCUUUUGUAACAAUUCAAUUCUCCACCACAAAAUUCUGCAUUGCAUUCUCUAAACUAUUGACAUUCUUUCUUUUCUCAUUGCUGCUUGAUGCUUCGACUAAUUAAUUUGCAUUCUUCUAAGAUUCAUUUGAUUCAGUGCACAUCCCAAUCAAUCACAUUUUGACAAAAUAUGAGACAUUUGGAUGCAUCACACUGUGAUAGCUCUGCUUCAGUGUUGUCUACGAAUGAUUAACAUUCUUGCAUAUUUAAUGAAGUGAGUGAAAAAUGUGGUUUGAAGUCUCUCUUUAAAGGGGUGGUCCAACAGUGUGUUGUUUAUAAGAUGCAAAACAAUGUGUGCUCAUGCUUCAUUUGUAAAAAAAAAAAAAAAAAUCACGUUAUUUUUACAUAUAUCUUACUUUGAUUAUAUACAGCUACUCAGCUAACAUGAAAACAACUCAUAUUUCCUAGUUUCUCUGAAAGGUCCGCCCUUAGGAGGCUCUGAUUGGUCAGCUAACAUAAUGUGCUGUAAUUCACGGAUCAGCUCCACGUCACUACAUCACAACCCUGCAAGCACAAGCUUUUGCGCUGUGUGAACAGUAGCUGUUAACCGUAUCAGAUUGUGCCUUAAUCAGACAGGAAAUGAAGAGGACACAGCUGAUCCUCACGCCUGCUCUCUAAAACAAAAUCUGACAAGUGUCUUUCACAUAUAUUCGGAAAAACCAUGUGUAAGUAAUAUGAAACGUUCACAUAUCUUUUGCGAGUUUGUUAUUUGAGAUGUAGAACACACGGAAAGCGGCAUAGAGAGACACUGCAGCGCUGCUGAAGAUUGUGGGUGUUUACAGAUAAAUAUGAAUUUGUAGCUAAAUUGUUAGCCGUGCUAAACAGCAUUUCCCGUUGUUUACAUCCUUAUUUGCAUCAUUACUACAACAUACCGUUAACACUAGAAACUGUGCCCUUAGUUGAUCAAUUUUAACAAAUAAAAAUACUUACAGGUUGUGGCUCCCACUCCACAGCUUCGUCGGUUGGAGGAGUUUUUAGCUGAAUCCAGCACUGAACUGGGAGAGAUUCUGAAAGCUGUCCUUUGUCAAAUGCUAGCUGUAUAUGUUUUAUAAUUCUCUGAAACAUAAUUAAAAUUAAACUGUAAGCACUUCUCUCUUUGUGUCAUGUCCUUUAGAAGCCCAAAUACAGAAACAGGACAAGCUCUGUGGAAAUAGCAGCGUUUAGACGCCAUUUUAGCUUUCUCUGCUGUAAUAUUACAGCGCCUCUGUCUACGCCCCUUUGCUGCAUGAGCCGGGGUGUGUGCUUCUGGUGAAUACCCGCAACCUGAAGCGUUUGUGAUCUCACUAGCCCAAAUUUAUUUAUUUUUGUAGUCCCCAAACUUUGCUAAGCUAACUCUGUAAAAGCCAAUGUCUCCCUUUGCAUUGAACUUUGAGGAUAUUACAUACAAAGAUGUUGUUUAUGUUCACACAGCUACAUUAUACUUCAACUAAAGUUUCAAAUAUGAUAUCGUAGUGGACCACCCCUUUAAAGAAGUCCCCUUGCUUCUGUUUGUUUGACCCUUAUCGAAUCAGACUAAAAUAAUUACUAAAAGAAUGUACUCACUGACUUUUCAUGCACGGUUAUAUGACAUUAGUUGCUUUAGUUGGAGAUUAUUCACAUCUGAAUAAUGUUUUGGCACCAGAUCCUAAUACUUCAGCAUGUAUUUAAUGACCUUUUAUUGUAUAUUAACACUGUGACUGAUAUUUUCUCUAAUGAGUGUGUAUUGUUUUUGUGCAAUGGAUUGACAAUUUGAAGAAUUCGUUGCACUACAAUAUCUCAAAACUGCUUAUGUUGCUUCUAUUUGUUGUUCGAAAACAGACUUGGAAAAAAAAAGCCUUGAUUAUUUUUAUGGGAUAUGUGUUUGGUAUUAGUCAAAUUACAAGAAACAACCAUCCCAAUUGCACAUUAACUUAAUGAAGGCAUAUUUAUACAACCAGUAAGGAAUGUCCAACCACCGAAACCCUGAACGUACAAAUAACCUUACAGUAUAUUUAACAGCUUCCAUUGUUUUACUUUCUAUGUUUUAUAAUGUACCUAUUGAUCUAUAGGAUGUUUUGUCUUACUGCAUUCACUUACGCAAUCCAUUUUGGGUAUUAAAAUGCACUCUUUGAUUGAACUUUUUUUUUUGUCAGCUCAUACAAAAUCUGCAAGUACUUGACCGUACUGCUGCAACAUCAAUAAAGACUUUCUUGAUCAA